CUGCUCUCUCUCUCUCUCUCUCUCUGGGUAAAUAAUAUGAGAACUUUGAAUUCACGGUUCAUGCUGAUCGAUCUGCACAACUCAUGGCAGUCCGCGAACCACAUUCCUCUCUCGGCCUUCACUUACCUUCAAAAUUCCAACCUCGUUUCCUCGGUCUCUUCUUCAUUUCGUCGAACGCGUCGCUCACGUAGGGGAAUUUGUACUUCUUCAUCUUUUGUCCCUGGGACUGCUUUUUCGUCUUCAUCGCUUCCAUCUCCUCAAAUUCGUCGGCCUAGUGAUCGCUUCUCUGCUGCAAAUGGGCUCCUUCUACCAUCACCUUCGACUUCCACCUCGAUCUCGUCGAGGGCUGAAGCUGCUUCAGAAUUGGAGUUGUUCCUGGAGUUGAUUCCUUCGAAAAUGCGCAUGGAGCUACUCCGCCACCCUGAGAUUACCAAUUUGAUUGAAGUGGUUAUGGAUUUGGGUCGAAAGCCCCUCGCCCGCUUCCCUUCUGGUGAUUGGAUGAUGUCCGAGCAGCCCGUGAAGCUCGAAGAUCUGAGGCAUGCCGUCUCCAAGGUUGGUGAAUUUUCGGAUGACAACCGUUCGGGCAUUAAUCAUUCCCUGCACCGUAUCAGUGCUAUUCGAAACCGUAAGAUGCAAAUAAUUGGCCUCACUUGUCGGUUUGGCCGUGCUAUAUCUGGAAGUGCGGGAAUGAUACGAGACUUGGUAGAGGGAGGUGGUUCUAUCUUGGUCAUAGGACCUCCUGGGGUUGGUAAAACAACAUUAAUCAGAGAAAUAGCUAGAAUGUUGGCAGAUGAACACAUGAAACGUGUUAUCAUUGUAGAUACAUCAAAUGAGAUUGGAGGUGAUGGAGAUGUCCCUCAUUCAGGAAUAGGCCGUGCACGGAGGAUGCAAGUCCCAAAUGUCAAUAUGCAGCACAAUGUUAUGAUUGAAGCAGUUGAAAAUCACAUGCCUGAAACCAUUAUAAUUGAUGAAAUUGGGACAGAGCUUGAAGCAUUAGCAGCCAGUACAAUUGCUCAAAGAGGGGUUCAAUUGGUUGGAACAGCACAUGGAAUGACAAUCGAAAACAUAAUAAAGAAUCCUUCUCUGCAAAUUCUUGUUGGUGGCAUUGAGAGUGUUACUCUUGGUGACGAGGAAGCAAAGAAAAGGAAAGUGCAGAAGACAAUUCUUGAGAGGAAAGGACCUCCAACGUUUACAUGUUCUGUCGAGAUGAUAUCUAAGACGGAGUGCCGUGUUCACCACAGAUUAGAUGCAACAGUGGAUGCUAUUCUGGCAGGGAAGUUACCUUUAUUUGAAGUGCGUCAUAUGGAUGCCGAAGAUGAUAACAAGUCUGUUACUUCCACUCUUGAACUUCAAAGCCAUCAUGUUGAGGGAGGCCAGGUCACUAAGAACGAUGAUACUGGUACUCAAGUAGAGCCUAUUCAAGAUAUUGGAGAUUAUCCUGCCAAGCACACCAAGAAAUGGAGCACUGGUAGAUCCACUAGGAAGACUUCCCCAGUUCUAAUUUACACAUACAAAAUCCUGGAAUCUGAUGUGCUACAAGUAGCAAAAGUAAUGGGGCUGGAGGAUGACUUGGAUGUAACUGGAGAUAUUGGAACAGCAGAUGCUAUUCUAGCAUCCAGUUCUGAGAUGAAGCAGAAUCCCUGGAUCCGUGGUGUAGCUAAGUUUCAUCGGUUGCCAAUUUUUGUUAUAAAGUCAAAUACAAUGGCACAAAUGGUAAAGGCAGUUCGCAUGAUUAUUGGUAUGGAUUCAUUUGAUUAUACUUUGAACUUGCCACACAGAAAGCGUUCGUCAGAUAUUGAAAUUGAAGAUGAUGCACCAAAAAGAAAACCCUCAUUGGAGGAGAUCGAUGCCUUGGAGGAGGUUCGACUAGCAAUCGAGUAUAUCGUGAUUCCUGGUGGUGAACCUGUAGAACUUCUCCCAAGGCGCUCCGAGAUAAUUGCACGACAGCUUGAGCUUGUUGAGAGCUAUCAGCUGGCUGCGGAGAAGUCGGGUACAGAGUUGAACCCGAGGUUGCAGAUCCUUCCUCUGAGGUUAAACAAGAAAGCUUCUGAUAAAUACAAUGAAUCCAGUUUCGGUAGAUGAAGCGAACCAAGCUCUAAUUCACAAACCAGUGGUGAUGGAGGUACAAUCGUUUCCUGGCUACCCCUUCUGCCGAAUAGUCAUAUUACAACGACAUUGUUAUGAAUGUCAUACUUUAGCUGAUAAGUGUACAGGCCAUGUACAGUCAAUGUAAUUUAUUAUUCUUGUAUGAUGCAAUAUUGCGAAUCAUAAUUAUUUCUUCUGUAGAAUACUCUCUGAAACAUUUGUUGGCUGUUCUGUUUAUAUACGUUAUGAUCCAUACAGAAUUAAUGCGAGUCUA